CCAAAUAGCCAAAUUAUCUUAAGCAGCUAAUUUGAGCACGCUAAAGAUCGCUUCUUUAAUACGACUUUUGCAGUAGAUAAACAGCUUCAAAGUUCGCCGUACUUUUAACCGACCCUUAAGCAGCUCUGAAUGUCAAACUGUAAAAGAAAGUAUUUAUGCAGGUUUAAUUUUCAAGCAAGACGGAUAAAAAAAAAUGAAAUGUAAAAAAUAAAUUAUUCCUGCUUGAAGUUGCAUUUGUGGUUGUGUAGUCAACUUGCUACAAUGAGAUCUUUUCGGAUAUAUUUAUGUGUAUUAAGUUUGUUUUGAUAGUUGUGUGAGUGUGUUACAAUAUCGCAUUUUUUGUUGAAAACUGUAUUUAUUGAGUAUUGAACGCAUUUUAUCCUGCCUACAGAGUGCUGCCUAUGCUAAUUCUACCGUCAGUUCUGUGAUUGCUCAUCACGUAAUAUCUGGACAAAAAGAUAUUAAGCAGCAAUCAACAAACAUACGAAAAAUAAUUAUUUGUUCUUUGUAUGAUUUGCGUACACUUUUGUUUUUUCAAAUGGGUUUUUUUCGAGAAACACACAUUAAUGCCAUGAGCAUUUCCUCAAUGCAUAAAAAAAUCAACAAUCGGAAACUGGUGGCGUAUGGAGUUAGCUUCCGUAAACAAAGCUGCAAAUUUUCGAUACCGUUCCGAAAACCAUCAACAAUCGUUAAAAUACUUGAACAGCAUAGCUACGAUGUCAACGGGAUCAAGGUGCAAAUAUCCGACACUGACCGCAGCGGUUAAUAUUUCCAUGAAACCGAACUUUUAGCAAUGGUAAAUAUUUCCAUGCAAAUGUACAGUGCCUUAGGAUAGAGACACAAGGAUGAUAACAAUCGAUGUCGAUCACAUCUACAAUUGUUCGAUAUUUCGGCCAGUCGAGCAAAUACCAGUAAAUCAAAACAAAAGGCCGGGUUGGAAAGCAUUUGCACCUAACACCGUUGAAUUUCUGCGAUGGAGCAAAUACGAUCAUUUCGAUCGUAGCAUUUGACGCGAGUAGAGGCAGAAAGCUUAAGACUUCAGCCAAAACCACAAUAUGCCGUUUAACGUUGUCGAAACUGUGGACGCUAGAGGGCACAAGGAACUGUUAGCAGUUCCUGAACCUUGGGUUCAAGGAUCGAGUAAAGGCAGAACUUAUCUUUUCUGGCCCAACAUACGACGGAAGGAACGGUUGAAUGAACUAAUAGAAGACGACAACAGCACUCCAACAAAUUCUUGGGAACGAAUUUUGUGCAGAGUGAAACGUGUAGGAUUGGCAACUAUCACGGAGGCCAACAAAGUUAUUAAUGAUAUGUGCUUGGAGUCCUCAACUGAUUUUAGUGAGAAGCUUACGCAUGAAAAAAAGAAAAAACCACAAAAGGUCAAACAACGCGUUUCCAGGCCUGUGAAAAAUUUCGAAUCCAUGUUAGAACCAUGUAUCGUAGAAAAUAACGAAUACUCUUACGAGGUUACCAGAUGUGUAUUGCCCGAAAAUCCGGAAAAAAGCGGGGAAAAUGAAUGGCUCGACGAAAGUGAAGUUGACGAAAGUUUGGUAGCGGAAAACUUUAAAGAAAGUAUUAGCAAUAAUAGCUUUGAACAUCAAAAUGAACCAGAAGAUCAACUUAAAUCAAGUGAUUUAGGAACACAUAAUAUCGAUCUAAACGAAAGAUUACAACGACUAGAAUGUGCUAUGUCAACAGUUAUUUCGAAGGUAGAUGUGUUCGCGAACGAGACAGUGUCAAGCCUCAGAAAUCAAUUGGCAAAUCUUGAAAAGGCAACGUCCAUUGUAAUUGCAAAGCUAGAUAUUCUUACGGAUAAAACAGUGAUACCCGUUUCCAUGAGGCAUAGAAAAAACAACAAUAUAGGGUUUGAACCUAUCGCAACAGCACAAGAACUGACAAAUUUUGAAAUGAGUUUAAGUGACAAUAGUUACUUUAAUGAAAUAGCGACAUGGUUAGAAAACAACAUAUACGAAAACACUCCUGAAAAUAGAAUGAUAGAAAUUAUGGAUUUGAUUUUUACGAAACAAUUUUUAACUGAGUGUAGUUGGACAGGAAUUAGCAAGGGAAAAGAAAAAAUACCGCUUAUCACAUAUAAAAACGUAUUAGAACUUUUUAGAUUUCACGGUAGCACAAACGAUGUUGAUGUUACUAUGAGAAUGGUUGCAGUAUUUUUUAUGAAGAAGCUAAAAAAUGCAACGAAAAGAGCGGCGACCAAAGGCCUACGUAAGAGUACACAACAUAAAUUUUAGUUUUUAUUUUUUUUUUCUAAACGUAACAAAACUUACUGAACUAUUUCAAUGUAUGCACUAAAGGAAUAAAGACAAAUUCAUUUGAUUCUCUUGUUUCUAUAGCUACUAACUUGCAUCUAAUGUCACAAAAGUUUAUAAUUUCCUCUGUACUAGAUAAUUCAGCAAUUUUUCCAACAAAAAUGUUUAGAACAGAGGAUUUAAAUGGAUAUUCAAAAAAGUUCCAUUGUUUUCUAAGUACUCUUCCAUGAAAAGCGGAGAGUGAUAUAGAAUGCUUUUUGGAAAACCGUACAAUUUUCUGUGUUUUGGUUAAUACCCAACCAUCACGAUUGUUAUCCUGCAUUUUGAAGUUAAUACUGUUAUCGUUUAGUGUUUCUCCUUCAUACUUAUGAAAACCUUCAAGCUCCGAUAAUCUAUUUAUAAGUUGCUGUAAAUCCUGUCGCCUGCUUCGUAGCAAUUUUUUAAGAUUUUGCAACUUAUUUUCAAAUGGGUAUGUUGAAAGAGUGUUUAACGCACCAAAAAACUCUACAUCGUCAAAUACGUGCAACAGAUUAUGAACGUUGCUGGUUAUAAAUUGUUCGCCGUAUAUGUCACUAUACUGAAUUACAAAUUCGGUUAACAUUUGUUUUGCAACGUGCCAAUUCUGCUUGUAAAACGUUGUUGAUAACAUGGUGACUGCGCAUGAAAGUAACAAGAAUUGAUUAUAGUUUUCUUCGGAUAAAAUAUCUUUCAGAACUACAAUCCCACCGUAAUGUAGAAAAGAGCUAAAUUCUGAAGCCUUCCAAUACUUCAAAACAUUUAAAUUUCUGAAUGGUCUAUGGAUUUCUGAAGGUAACUUAAUGUGUCGUAGAAUAUCUGAAAUUUUUAUAAUUUCAGAAGCUGAAAGUUUGGCGUGUAUACCAAGUUUUCCAUCUCUCCAACCUAGCAACAAUCUUUUCAUUACUCCCAAAUCAAUUAGAUGCAAGCGGUCUGCUAUAACAAUAUCCUUGAUGAUAUCCAGAAACGGAACUUCUAUCAAAGGGCUAACAUUUUUUUGAUGUUUUUCAUACGCUUUUUCACGAAAACCAGCAUCUGUACGGUUUGUAUGGUUCACACCUUUAAAGAUUACAGUAUGGGAUUCAUAACUGUAUUCUCCCUCACACGUACAUUUUAAACAACCGUGUGCUGCAUUGUAAUUAGCAACUCCUAAAAUAAAAAUAUUGGUAUCUUAUAUUUUUAAUAGCAUUUCUUACUUUUAGUUAGCUUACCUUUAAUAAACGCUCUAGCAGGUGAAUCGGCUAUUAUUGCUCGAAGACUUAUGGACAUUUUACUGCCCAUUAUUUGUAUUCCGUUUACCAAUAUUUCUUUCAACUCAUCCACCAAUUGCCUCAAAUAUUCUUCAACGUUGCCAGGUUUCGUA